AUGAGUAAUCACCCUAACUUUGAUCAUUUUAAGAGAACACACCUCAAAGAUAUACAACCUGGAGUCCGUGAAGGGUGGUUAAAAAAGAAAGGGUAUGAAGUUCAUUCAUGGAAACGAAGAUAUUUUGUAAUCAAAAAUCAGUUUAUUUAUUAUUUCGCUAGUGCAAGUCCUAAUUCUACACCAAAAGGUGUAAUUGAGUUAAAUUCUAAAUCAUUUGCAGAAGUUAAAGAAGGAGAUGAUUCUUUUACAAAUAUUAUUAUUUCAAGUGUUCAUAGAAAUCAAGAAAUUAUUGCUGACACACCUGAUAUGGGGGCAGCAUGGGUUGAUGCCAUAAAUAAUCAUAUUAAAACAUUAAAAAAAGUAGAAGAACAGAAACAAAUAGAAGAAGAAAAAAUAAUUAUUCCUUUUAAUGGGAAAACAUGGCCAGAAAUUAAAAACCAAAUUAAUGUUUGUAAACACCUUCAUGAACGACAUAUCCCAAAAAAGGAAUUAACUGAAUUAUUACAAAGUUUAGGUGAAGAAACAUGUGAAAGAUAUUUUUAUAACAUAUUAAAUGAAUGUUUUGCUAAUUGGACUGAUGAAGAAAUUGCUGAUUAUGUUUGGGUUAAGUUCUGUAGAAAUUUGAUUCGUCUUGAAGAAGUUCAUGUAAAAGAUCAAUUAAAACGAAGAAAAUCAUUAAUGAAAACUGAGCGUGGUAAAAUUUAUAAAUUACUUUCUGAUUUAAACCCUGUCUUUGGUGGAACACAAGGAGCAGUACUAACUGCUUUUGGUGGAGAAAGUGAAAAUAGUGAUGAUAUUUUAAUUGUAUUAGGAAGAAACAGUCAAGCUGGUGUAAGGCUUGCAAAUAUUUAUAACCAAAUUAUUGAAAAUAAUAAUAUCUCAUUUGGUGAAGUCAUUAGAACAAUUUUAGAUGCUAUGGAACGAUGGAGAAUGAGAACUGAAGAAUUAAUGUUUAGAGCAUUUGUGACUGGAAUUACUUCAAAUUGGAAUCCUGCAGAAGUUGCUUCACUUGUUUCUUUUUUAACAACAUUUACUAAAGAACAUGAUUCAUUUCCUUUAUUUGAAGAGCCCUGGGAAGAGUUACCUCCACAUGCCCUUUCAUUUAUCCAAGCAUACACAAAUCAUUGGAAUUUAAAUGAAAAGAAAGAAUUUAUCACAAUUGGAAAGUCAUUAUGGGGAUGGAAAUUUGAAAUUUUUAAAAAAUUAACAACUCAAAUCUAA